GACGGCUUUCGAUCGACUAGGCGUAACCGUUCUAUUAGCGACUGUCAAUAAUCAUCUCGGGUAUACAAAACUAACGUUUACCCAGCUCAAUAUAAUGAUUAACGCGUGCUCAUUGCGGCGAUUAUAUUUAUACCAGCAGUUCGUUAUUUUGCGACAGAUUGAUUUUUUUUUUUUUUUUUUAUUACAGUGCACACAUAUACUUAAACAGAUCGAGGAUCUCGGUACUGUUAGAAAAUCUUUUGGGAUUUUAUUUAUUCGCGAAUCAGACCGUGCAAUGUUAUUUAUAAUUUAAUAUAUACAGUCUUGCUGUUUUGUCGACAUAAAAUUCUUGCGCGACAUGAGACGCGCAUGUCACGUGAGACAUGCGAUAAACUUGAUCGGGCGGUAGCCAGCAGCGAGAAGUUAUAGGAAUAUUAUAAAGAGACGAUACAGUCUAUAUACUAGAACUCGAUCCGGUUCAUGAUAUACCGAAAGGAGCCUCGUUAUCAACCGGUCCCAUCUUAUCAGGUUGGCGCAGCAUCGCCGGUAAAUCAUCGGGGUCCUUGGCGGGGGCACCUUUAAUUACCGGGCGUGCACGUGGGGAGAAAAAAAAAGUAUGAAGACGUAAUACGUUAUCCGGUUGCCUUCCUCUCCCGGUUGCCGACCGGUAGAUAGAGAGGCCGGUCCAGUUGAUGCUGAGAGGCGUUGCUCAUAAAUAAUGAACACGUAUUCAUGAACGCCACCGGUUACUUCGUCUCUGCGUAGAUGAACCACGGCCAAAUGGAACUCGCGUUCAGCUAGUUCGUGUCUACGAUUGGGAAAACCGCCGCCGCCGCCGCCGCCGCCGCUUUCCGUUGGGGGGAGGAUACACGCGAUGAACACGACGUCUCGGGAUUUAUGUGAAACGAGGCGCCUUCAAAGACGCGUUUCCUGUGUUUCAUUCACCGGAGGGAAACGGGAUUUAAAUAACAAACGUGGGUUUCCGGAGUAUUAAUUUGCUCCGACAAGUCGUGAGAAUAAUAAUAUUGUUAUAUUUGAAUUGCUUAUUCGAUGUUCGCGGGAUUAUUUUGACUGUGUAAAAAGUAAAAUUCUGUUUCUUACCGUGUAAAUGAGCAGACAGGAAGAGGAAAGGUGUGGUAGUAAUAAUGAUUUUUUUUUUAAUAAUCUAAAAGCGGAGGUAGUUUCAUAAACGCACAUUACGAAGAAUAUCGCAAUCAUUUUUACAAGUUUCGAAGAGGCUCAAGUCACCUUAGCGUAAGUCGACAUAUAAUCAGGUAUUCAACUUCAGAAUAUAUUUACGUAAGUUAUCAUUUACAAAUUUUUUACGCUACUUGCUCUAUAUCAUUAUGUCUGGUCAGUCGCGAGAUUUUUCAAUCGGUCGAACGCGGCAUCGCGAGAGCGCACUAAUUAAUUCCUACGAGUGGGUUGAUAGACGUCCGGCAUACAAGGACGAGUCGCGUCGAUCCGGCUGAACGAUUAAUACAUCCCGUUGCGGCGAGAUGCGGAGGAGGUCGACGGACCGUUUAAUCGUCGAUAGUUUUCUCUCUCUCUCUCUCUCUCUCUCUUCGAGAAAGAAAAUGGCCGAGGUGGUAAUCGCUACCUGCGGAAGCCCGGCGAUCGACGCCAGAUAGGAUACCAAUAUAAUGCACUAUCGGGACGUUUCGACGAGCGUUCGCUUCCCUGGCGUUCGUUUCUCCUCGAAUAAUCUCUCUCCGCGGAGCGGAUAUCUAAACGAGGAGCGCUCGGAGCGCAGCCUCCGGGCGGCGCGCAAGUAUGGACGCACGGACGUACGCACAUAUAAUAAACGCGACGUGCGUGCGUAUGUGUGUGUAGAAGUGGAAGUGCUCUUUCUCUCCCGAGUGAUAUAUAUCGGACGCGAUAUAUCGUCCUUGAUGGUACACCUCGAAGCCGGGGCGAACUACUACUCGUUGCGCCGCCGCGCCGUCGCGUUGCCACGCAGCAGCGUCUCGCCCUCGCGAAACAAUAUGAUGGUUAACGUAACAAGCUCUCAUCUCGGCUGUGCACGGUUAGGUAUCCCACUGCGGCACAGGAUUCCGAACAUGUCCGGACACCUAAGGCGACGCUUCCAGAAUAAUCUCCGGGAUAAUACGUUCCUUGCUCCGACGGUGUUAUAGGAUUUCUCCUGGGGCGCUGUGUAAUUAUUGUUAACUUAGAUGGAUGAAUAGGGCGUCUGCCUUUUGAGUAAUAAAAAUCAGAAUAGUGAGAGAGAAUUUCUAUUAGAGCUAUUUAUUCGAAACUAUUAGUGUCCUGAGGUAUUUAUAAAUAUUUUAACGUGAUAUUACGUCAGUUACUGAAAAAAUGGAACAAGCGUACACGAUAUGGUGAUAUUUCGCGAUGUGCUCGUCGAGAAAAACAAUACAAAACGCAAUUAGAGUUCUUAGACGGAAAAUGCAUAUUCAAUGCAAUACUGUUUACACUUUUUAUUUUGAUGAAAUGGUACAGGAAAUAAUAAUUAUUAUAAUAUUUGUUCUAAUUAUAUGAAAGAAUUACUUUGUUAUUGCAUUUUGAAGUACAAAUUCAAUGCGAAGAGAUACAAUGAAUUAGAAUUAUUACAAAAAUAGUAUUAUAUCUAUCGAUAUGAAUAAGUAUCGUUACUUUUGUUUCGAUAUUUUUCUCGAUACGAGUAAAGAAUAAAAGUAUCGAUACUUUGGCGGGUAUCGACAUUUGAUAUCUAUUCAUCCCUACAAACGAUCCUUGAACAACUACGGAAUACAAGUAAACGAGAUGUUUGGGUCUUGUUUCACUUCAACGUAGUGUCCACGUAGACUGUUAUACGAGUCCCGACGUCCCGAUCACAGACGCGAAGAAAGACAUAGAAUUAUGAUAGCUGGACACUGAACGACGUGCUUGAAAGAAGCUUCGUGGGAUAAUCUACCGUCAAAUUCCACUGACGCGGUCUGAUUGGAAAGCGUCGGGAAUUCAAUAGUCGUUCUUCCGUUCUGUGUCGUAAGUGGGUCCAAAUAUGGAACUCAGGUAGAGAGCAUCCCGAUUAACCGUAAUCGAUAACCAAAGCACGCGUUGCGCGAUAAUAAUGUUAGCUAAAUCUUUUCUCACCGCGCAAAGAAUGGGAAGUAAUGAUCCGUUUCUUUCCCAUCUCGUCUUGGAUCGCUGUUGCGGUCCUAUUCUUAUGGGAUCGCAUAAUUCACCGAUAUUGGUGGAUUCUGUUCUCAAUCAUUGAUUCCUUUUUUUUUUAAGGUUUAUUCGGGGAGAUGCUAUUAGCGCUAUCAACAUUAGUCUAUUCUUGUUCUACUUGUAACGAGCAAUGAAGAUGGACUGAUGGUGAUAACGCUAAUAGCGUUUACCCGAAUUCACCCUAAAUCAUUAACUUCUCCCGUCGCGAUUUCCCGUCUGAUCUAUUUCGUGUUUCUAGUUUACCAAUAAAAUAAAAUAGUAUGUCUUCUUAGCUUGUGCCAUUGCACACAAUUUACAUGUUGUUACAUUUCAUAUUUGAUUUUUAGUGUAUAUUUAUCGCCUUAAUGCAAACGUCUCUUUGUGCGCCGCUUUUAUCCUCGAUAGUUAUCAUCGGGCUGUGCGUCCCGUAAUCUUUUGAGACUCUUAUCCUACCCCUACUCCUCUCGUUUCCAUACUCAUCUCGUCGCCAUCGUUCUGCAACGCGAGAAAAUUAUCUCAAAUUUUUCCCGGGCGGAAUCACCGCGCCGACACUGAUCGUCGCGACAGGUUACACCGGUAGCGGCCAAGUCGGCUCUCUUUCCGAGCACUCCGUUGAUUCCUACUCCUGCGUUCCACCACUACCAUCACCCACCACCACCACCACCACAAUCGCCACCACCACCACCGCCACCACCGCCGCCGCCGCUGCCGUCGUCGCCGCCGUUGCUGUUACCCAGCAUCACCUUCGUUCAUCCACCACCAUCUACUCUGGCUACCACCUCCUUCGCGAGGCACUCGCCAUGUGACUGACUCCCCUUCUCCGUUGACGAGCGGUGGGCCUGCCUACCUGCCGCCCGUUGCCCCGCUCCCAUUACGACGCGGACUCUCGCGGCAGGUGCACCAACCUAAGUGCCACUCCGCUUACUUGUGUGUGUGUGCCUACCAAGGCAGAGCAGUGUGUCUGGUGGUUAGGUUCUUCCCUCUCUUUUUCUCUCUCUUCUUUUCUUUUUCUCUCUCUUUUUCUUCUCUCUCCUCCCUCUUUCUCUUUUUCUCUCCCUUUCCCCGCUAGCUAUCUCUUAUACCGUCUUUUUUCCCCUCUAUCUAUCCCCCUACCUGUGUUGUCUCCGUCUCUCUCUUUCUUUCUCCCCCCCUCUACCGUCUCUGUCUAUCCGUCUAUCCUCUUCGACAUCGCCUCACGCAGCAGUGCCGUGUUGUAGUGUCGUGUCAUCCCGCGGUACGUCAACGAUCCUCCCGGACUGAAGGCAAGGAUCGACCGGGUCGAGAGUACACUCUGCGAUUACCGGGGUCGGUCGAUCGCCGGUCUGUAAUAGGGUGAAGAAAGUGAACUCGCGGUCACCGCGAAGGUGUAGGGAGUGAUAUUCCCGAUGGAACGCGCGCUCUCUCGACACCGAUAGCCGGAAGCGACGAACGAGUGACUCGUUGAAAUACUCGGAUGCGAGAAAUCUGGUGAAUUCGUUUUGAUUCGAUCGAUCGAAAGCAAGAUUUUACGUUGGUGAAAUUUGUCGCAAUGAUAGAUGACGAGCUGCUUGCCGCGAUUGAGCUUGUUAAGAAAGAGUUGGUAGACUGAAAGUCGUGGUUGAUCGUACCGCAUCGACAAUUUUUAGUAUCCGCAUGAAUAGCCUAAUGAUCGCGCAUCGAGUGAAAAGGCUAAGAGAAAGAGUCGUCUGGUGAUAGUCCGAGACACGAUUGUGAUCCGAGGUGAUCCGCGUGAUUCUGAAGACAGCUAUUAUCCGACGAGUGGCGAGAAGGCGCGCUGAGGCAGGGGACAUUCGGUGAAGGUGUCAAACGUCGGCGGCAGCACCUCAUUGACAUUUCCGUGACAUUUAGUGCGCGAUUCGAGUCGAGUGCCAGAUACCUUUUCGUAACACGCGUUAUAACGCGCGUGUAUACCCCUCGCUAUCACAACGACAGCACGAAACCUCGGAUUUCGUCGCAUUAUCACCGUCGUGGAAGAACGACGCGACGAGCGAAAAAGAAAAAAAGACGCGGCAGAGAGGAAGCGAGACGGGAAAAUCGGGUGUGAGUCGAUGACGCGUCCUCCGUGCUUUAUCAGCAGCGGAACCGGAGCGCGGUGACGGCGAAGACUCAUCCGGAGACUUAUCUGUCUCUCGGAAUCCUUACCCGUUGCACGUGUAAGACGUAGAAUACAAGUAAGACUGCCUGCGCUCUUCCAGUGGUCUAUCUCCGAACACUUUCGGUCGGACGAACAACGAAACGGGAUCCUCCACAAGCCUACCUGAAACUUAAAGCUCCGUUGCGGAGCAACAGGUGGUUAUAUCUGUACGAGGUUCUCCUGCGACUCUCGACAGGUAGAACCGGAAAUUCUUCACUCGGUUGGACGCCGGUAGUCAAACUGGACAUUCUUACCGCCACGUCGGGAAGAACGGAGUGGAGAUGUCCGCGGGUCGCUGAGAGAAUGAGGGAGCUGGACACCGAGAGUCCUGUCGUCUGGCCGGCCUGGUGCUAUACUGGUGAGGUGUCGGGCGAGAACGUGUCCGCGGGCACGGGACCACGUGGUAGCGACCGUGGAGAGGCGGCGGAUUUAGGUACGCACACGGAAAACAACGACGGGGCCACCCUGGCAGCGAACACAGCGGUCGACGCCAGGGGGGGAAGCCCUCAGGGCGCCCACCUGUCCGGUGCGGCAACCCCCAGACCUCCGCGGGGUAGAAGGCGACAGAACCAAAAUGGCCUCGACACCACCCAAGUUAAAACGGAACGACUCACGCCUGACAACAACUCGACGUCGUCGAGGAGCGUGACGCCUUCUUCGUCGAGUCACCCGGGAACGCCGCCAAAUGCUACGCCCUUGGGGGGACCUGAGGGUCCACCGCCACCCCAUCACCUCAAGCACAUGGAGCAGAUGAUGGGGCGAAACUAUAGUGAUUUCAUGAGGAGUCUCGCCGCCAAGUACAACAACACCAACCCCAACGAUUACUUUAGCUCGCCAAGGAACGGUUACCCUCCAGGACUGGAUCCGAGGUUUCCGGCCUUCAAGGCCGCAGCGACGCCGUUCGUUGGUCUAAUGGCGCCGUUAGGGGCUCCGCAACCAUCGACUGUCCCGACGACUUCACCGCUCUCCAACAAAGAUCCGAAGGAACAGAAGCAGGACAGCCUCUUCGGUAACACCGUGUUUCCGCCUAUGAUCGAUAUGUCGUCCACCCAGGCUCUUUUGCACAUGGUGCGAACUGCCAACGCGGCCCAAAGCGCCGCGGAAUUGGAAACAUAUCUCAAAGGCGCGAACAAGAGAGACGCGGGGGUGACGAGUCCCUUGGACCUUUCGAGUCCCGGUGGGUUUGCACCUCGCAAACGGCAAAGGCCGGAAACAAGGAGAUCCGAGAGCGUGUCCCCCAAGCCGAAACCCACCGCGAGACCGACCACACCUCCGCCGGUCAGGUGUCCGACACUCUACGGCCACAUACCUUGCGGCGACGGGCAAGCUGUGAAUCGCUGGACCAUCGAGGACGUCGUCAAUUACGUUUCGUCGAUCGACAUCUGCGCCGAGUACGCACAGAAUUUCCGGGAGCACCGCAUAGACGGCGCGGCGCUGCCGCUACUCUCGGAGAACCACCUGACGGGCACGAUGGGCAUGAAGCUCGGUCCAGCCUUGAAGCUGCGCGUGAUGCUGGCUCGGAAACUCGGUGCCUGCACGGUAUGCUUGCACUGUGCCCACUGUCACCAAACGCCGCUACCGGCGUUGAGUGCGGCGGCGGCGGUGACGCAACAGCAACAGCAGCAGCAGCAACAACAACAGCAGCAGCAGCAGCAGCAACAGCAGCAACAGCAGCAACAACAGACGCCGGGUCGGCGACCCAGCAGCACCGGGAACUGA